UUUUAAAAAAGAUCGCCAUAGUGACUUUAAAUCUACAAAUGAGACAAUUAUGUGAUGACGAGGAUAUAAAGUUAAAUAUAAAGUUCAGUUUUGCGUAAGCUUCGCGCAUAUUGUCACCACAUAAAAUAAUACCACCAGAUAAUCUGUAACACCGCUCAUUCGACAACAAGCAGCAUCCUGUCUGACAAACUCAAGGGUCCAAGAUGGAGUAACGUUGAACACAGUACGGUCGGUAUUCCUAAAUUGUAACACGAACUGUCCCGUCGCAGGUGAAAAUUAAGGUUUCUAAAAACUGCGGGGAAGUCGACGUCGUUGUAUCCGCUAACGAGAUAGCUGCACAAAACAGUUGAGAAUGGAGCCAUCAGAGCAGUCCGGCCCAGACUCUGUCCCUCAGGAUGUCAACCCUGUGUUUCUGCAGCAGCUCAGAGAGCUGGACAUCCCAGAGGAGGCAGCCAAACAGGCACUUCUGCACACUCGGAACGUGUCUGCCGAGGAGGCGGCCAUGUACUACUUCAACAAGCUGGAGAAUGAGGAGGAGGGUGACGAUGACCUCAUGUUCAAGAUGGUGUUUGUGGUGAACAUGGACCUCGCCAUGGGUGUUGGAAAGGUGGCAGCCCAGGUUGGCCAUGCUGCUGUGGGUUUGUACCAGACUCUACAAGAGAAGAACAGCUGGAGGGAGAUGGCCUGGAAGUGGGACCACAGCGGAUCAAAGAAGGUGGUGGUCCAGGGCACCAAUGUGGCUCAUCUACUGGAGCUGCAGGCCCUGGCCAUGAGCCUCAGCCUGCCCACUUACCUGGUUCAGGAUGCAGGGCUUACUCAGGUGGAGGCUGGGUCCCGCACUGUCCUGGCCAUCAUGGGUGAGGAGGAGAUGGUGAACAAUGUCACUGGGAGUCUCAAGCUGCUUUGAGUGGUUUCAAACCUGCAGUGGGGGGGAGGCAUGUCUCUACAGUGUCACAGUGCAUCCAGCAGAGGGCAGCAUUUCCCAGCAGCAGGGACAGUUUUGGCAUGCAAGAGUGUAACAACCUUUAAAAAAAAAAAGACAUAACAGCGGCAGUGUCCCUACACCAGAAAACAAACACUCUCAGCCAUUUGUUUCCCUUUCAUUCUUUGUUGCUGCUUAGUCGGCCAUUGAGAGCAGGAGGAGAGAGAGACUGGUUCUUCACAGGGGAAAAAGUGAAGGCAGUCUGCUUUUUUUUUUUUUUUUCUCUGGCGACCUUCCUCUUUUUUAACAGGUCACCUACUUAGGAGUCUUAAUAGAAUCUUAAUCAGUUUUUAAAUAUGUCUAGUCUGUUGUCCCGUUUCAGAUGUGGCUUGGUCAAACAAAGUGUUUCAGUUGUUUACCUAUAUUGUAAUUAUUGUUAUUCAAGGGGCUGUGUACUGUAGCCUAAUACAUGAUGUAAUUACAAUUACACCAAUAGAAGAUGUAGUAUUUCCCUAUUGGAUCAACUGCUCCUGAGCAAAGGCUGACUUAUUAACUGACAAUAUUUAUAACAUUUAGAUAAUUUUGUGUCUGUAUGCAACUAUCCUCCCAAAGAUCCCCAUCUUAUAGAUUCAAUAACAGUACAUAUUAUUGAUAAAUGGUUAUAUUUUGUAUACAUGUGCCUGUCGGGACUAUAUUACAUAUAAUCUGUGGUGUGCCAUCCUACACAGUUUGCACAGAUACUGGACUUUGAUGGGGUUUUUUGUUUAGCAAAAGGAAAAAAAUAUUGAGUUGUGUUUUUAAGAUUUAUUGGUAGAAUUUGAUGUUAGGGGAGAGGUUCUGUGGAGCCAAAAUUUCAUAUAAUAAAUGUUUGUGUUAGUAAGGCCUCACUUUAUGCACUCUUGACUGCCUGUUGAGGAUGGUUUACAGUAAUGAAGUCGAUCGUCUUAAUGGUUGAGACAACACAGAUUAUCGUGUGUACGACAGGCGACUUGGUGAACAGUCUGGCGCACUAAUAAUAUUAAUACACAAGUGUCUGUUCUCGCUAACAGAUGUUUGUGGCUAUGAGCUGCCACUCCCAGAAUGCUUAGCUUAAUGUGAAAGAUUUUAUUUGUAUCACAGAUCUUAAAAAAUGGCAGUCAUGCAUGGUAUAUGAAAUGUGUAUUUGAACAGAUCAUUGAAAUCCCCAAGUUUUGUCAUGUCCACAUGUCCUCAUUUUGAUACCUCCUGUGUUAUAGUCAUUUGUGUAAGUACUUCAGACUACGGAGACAAUUAAAAUGGCUCCAAAUGAA